GUAGGUGAUCGACGUAAGUAAAAAAUGGCCUAUUGAGAAAAAGUCAUUCUUCAUUAAAAAUAAUCACUCUCAGCAUCAUAACGUGAUAGCAUAAUGACUGCUCAAGGAGCAUAUUACAAAAAACGAGUCGUCGUCGCGUCUUUGACUGGCCUUUUUGUAGGUUUCUGCAUUGCACAGUUAAUUUCCUAUGCGACUCUUUCUGAGAACAUACCAAAGAUCAGUUUAAAGCUCAACCAUGAACAUUAUCCCAUUACUCCAUGGAUUCCCGCAGUUCCUGCGAUUAUCCACGAACACGCCUACGACAAUUCGACUGUGGCUGAUGAAAUGAAAAAGGAAGUACGUGUUCUCUGUUGGGUGAUGACCAAUCCUACCAACCACAAGAAGAAAGCCCGGCAUGUAAAGAAAACAUGGGGCAAACGCUGCAACAUUCUCCUAUUCAUGAGCUCAGAAGUAGACAAUGAACUGCCCACAGUCAAGUUGAAUGUAGGAGAAGGUCGUGAAAAUUUAUGGAUUAAGGUGAAGGAAGCCUUUACGUACGUCUACAAACAUCACUACAACGAUGCGGAUUGGUUUUACAAGGCAGACGAUGACACAUAUGCCAUCGUCGAGAAUCUUCGCCUAAUGUUGUAUCCCUACAAUCCACAAACGCCCGUGCACUUUGGAUUCAAGUUCAAGCCAUUCGUUAAACAAGGCUACAUGUCGGGAGGAUCUGGAUAUGUGCUCAGCAAAGAGGCACUUCGACGAUUUGUGGUCGAAGGUAUUCCUAAUCCCAAGAUGUGUCUUCCUGGUACUGUUGUCAACGAGGAUGUUGAAAUUGGCAAGUGUAUGGCGAAUCUUAAUGUAACUGCAGGGGAUUCGAGAGAUUGGAAUGGACGUGGACGCAUGUUCCCCUUCGUUCCGGAGCACCAUUUAAUACCUGGUAAAGAUAGGACAUUCUGGUAUUGGAAAUAUAUUUACUAUCCGACUGACGAUGGACUGGACUGCUGCUCGGAUAAUGCAGUAGCAUUUCAUUACGUGUCACCGGGGAUGAUGUAUGUCAUGGAUUAUCUGAUCUAUCAUCUAAAGCCUUAUGGCAUAGUAAGAGAGCCACAUCGUUUACCGCACAAGUUAAAUGUGGGUGAAUUCAUGCCUGCGCCAACAUAUGAUCUCCUCAACAGCGAUGAGGACUCCAAAGACGACGAGGACAAGUAUUUAACAACCACAAAAGCACCAACUGUAUUGGAGCCAGAUGGAAGAGAACUUAAUUCAAAAGAAGUCGAAGACGAUAAAAAGAAAUCAUUAUCAGAUUCAAAGAAAAUUAAUUCAGAAACGAAAAAAUCGGUUGAAAAUUCUAAAAAGGAAAAUAAGAAUGAGAUUUCCAAAAAAGAUGAAAAGAGGCUAGCCAGACUUCGAAGGGAACUUAGAAAACUACAAAGAGAGUACGACGAAUAUUAUGACAAAGAGGAAAAUUAAUAUAAAUUAAUAUUUUAUAUUUUUAUAUAAAUUAAA